AUGAUGUGGAAGGAAUGGCCACCACAGGCAGACGUAACCGUACGAGACAAGAAUUGCUCAGAGAGAGUGCUCUAUAGUUAUGAAUUAUGAGUUUAGCAUAACUGUCUAGGGUUUCUCUGUCUACAAUUUGUUAGUGAAAAGCUCUCGGCGAAGAAGCAGCAUGUGACUUGUUUGAUAUUCCAUACCGAUUCCACUUAAGACUGCAUAUGAAAACUUAAAUCAUAAGAAAGGGCCAUAUUCGCCUUGUAAGUUUAUGUCAUCGGUAACCGGCCCUUAUCUUGAUCUCAGAUUUUAGCAUCGUGCAGCUACGUCGAUACAAUAAAACUUUACAAAGAAGAUGAAGAUGACUGGUAAGUUAUUUCUUUACUGAUAAUAUUUUGGAAAGAUUAAAUUGUCACAACGCGUACAGGAUAUGCUUAUUUUUUGUCCGUUUUUUAACUCUUACCCGAGCAUUUUGCGUCUGGCAAGAUAAGAAACAUAGUGGCCACCCUGAAGACAUGGCCAACUUAAUGCCCUCUUGACAAAGUGACCGUUAAGCAUAGGCGUAGCCUAUUCCAGGCGUUCAGAUAGUGGGGAGCGGUGCGAAGUAAAAGGAGCGCGAAAAAAUAUGAACGCUUGGAACAGGCUAGCAUAGGCGAAGACAAUAAAAAGAUAGCCUGUUCGGACCAUGGGUUUGACAGUAAUUAUGGGAAAUGUUUUUCGAGACUUUAGUAAGUGAGCACAUAACAAAGGAUUGCCUUGUAAUACAGGCUUGACUGUGUCUUCAGUUUACUGAAUUGUCCCAAAAUUUUCAGCGGUUUCACUGCAAAUAUAUUUUUGAACAUUUGACGUCAUUUCCGUGAUUCAUAAGAGGGUUGUCAAUAGAAAAUUGUGGUCGGUUUCUUGUUAGUUAAGCAUGUGGUCUGAGGUGUAAUGAUAGUGACGAUGAUACCUACAAGGGUAUAGUAAAGAGCAUUGAUAACGUUACGUUGUGUGUUCUUUCAAUUUGCAGGUCUUGUUUUGAUACUUUAGAAGGUCACGAGUCUACAGUGUGGGCUAUUAGUUUUGACAAAACUGGAGACAGAAUGGGUUGGUACCACUGAGGUUUCUGUCAGUUAUCACAGCCGCACGUUUUGAUACGUGGAAUACUGCCUUAGAAUUGCUGUGAUACAUUUAUUUUUUCCACCUUUUUUUCAAAGGAUAUAAACAACAGCUUUUGACAGAAAUCUUUUAACAAACAACAGCUGUCACUCAGUCUACCUUUGGGGUUCUUCAUGUAAAUUUUCAUAUUGUUUUUAAGUUAAACAUCGUUAAAGACAGUUCUCUCGCAAAAAGAGUACACGUUUAAGCUUUUAGACUCUUUUUUUUUUUCGCACUUAACCCAAAUCAUAAGUAGUCCUACGCCUUAACUAUCGUUUUCGUUAUUGUCAGAUAUAACUAGGAAGUCUAAAAAUACUUAUAAAAGGGAGUCACGUCCUUCGGUGAAAAUUCCUUCAAUGUUAUAUUAAGGAAAAAUAUAUUAUAUUUCAACAUCUAUUUGUUCACCGCUCAUUUAUUGUAACAAUCUGACCAGGAAGUGGCCAGAUAGGCUGGAUAGGAUCCGCAUUUUAACCAUUUUGGUUUAUUUCCUUUUCCUGUUUUUUUUUUUCAGUUUCGUGUAGCUAUGACAAAACUCUAAGAAUAUGGCAGUGUUAUGAACCUGGAAAUAAAGAAGGUAUUUAUUUAACUCUAUUACAGGACGUGGUUGCAUUGAGCGCAUAAGUGAGAAUUCACUUCAACCGUUACCAGCUUUUCUACAGAAGAAUUCGUCGUGCUCUCCGACUCUUGCGUUCAAUUCCCUAUACUAUCUUAUCCGCCGUCGGCCUUGUUAUCCGUGAUACCGAGCGAAAAAUCUUUCGGAACAAAGGAAAUGCAGCCGCAGCAAGUUGCGUUGUGCACAACAAACACUUCGUAGCCAAAGCAGAGUGUUUGGCAUUCACUUCCGCAAAAGAGCUACGAUGUUAAGUUCUAUGAGUUUACUUCCCUCUUUCCUAGCCAUAUGCCCCAUUACUUUUACCACUAACGAUGGCAUUUUUUUUGCCUGUGUUUACGUAAAAUAAAGGUGUGCCAACCCACGGAAGUGACCCGAAAUGGAAGACAGUCUGUGUCUUAUCUGGCUAUCACGACCGAACCGUUUAUGAUGUUCACUGGUGAGUUGUAAUGAAACGUACUUUUCAUAUUCUUUAUUCAGUCUGUGGCCCGCUGUUCUGUUAACCUCAUGGUUGCAACCAAAAAACUAUUGUUUCCAAGGUUCAGAUUUACUUUGUUGUGCGUUGACAACUGCGAUGUAAAAUGACGAAGUUUUAGGUUCUUUAGAUAGACGAGGUGAACGGCAAGACGAUAUAAAUAUUCCGACGUGGUUCCCUCUCUUAAGCUCCAACUUGCUUUCCCAACUAUUGAAUAACUGAACGAGUUGAAAUAAUCACGAACAAGCUUAGAAGGAUACGAAGCCAGUUUCCAAAGACAUUUUCACCAGUGUCACCGUUGUGCGGUAUCUUAAGGUGCCUACCAUUUCAAGAGUGACGAGUCAAUGACAGAUUCUGAAGACGUGUGAGGGUGUGGAUGUGGAGAAAAAGAGAGAAUCCUUCACUUCUUCAAAACUUCACCAUGUUUACAAACGCAAAGGCUUACAACAGUGCAACAGAUUUAUGGGAUCUGCCCAAGAUUUUGCAUCUUUUGUAAUUAUUUUUCUUAUCUUAGGUCAUUUGUCACUGAUGCCAUAGUGACAUCUUCCGGAGAUGACUGUAUACGAAUUUUUCAACAGGUGAUUCACAAUCAAAUUGUUCUGCAGAUUUUUUAUGUUUGGUACCUCGCAAUUUAGGAAGCUUUUAUUUAAAUCCCUACACUAGCGAAUCAUUCCUUUGCUGUACCCACAGAAAAGUUUCAACCUUUGAUUCUUUUAGCUACUGCCUAGGCAACUUUUUGAGAAAGAAAAACGAAAUAGUUCGAUACAGAGUUAUCUAGCAGACUAAUUAAUUACAGUUUGCUUUUUAUUUAUACAUUUAUCAAGGAGAUAAAUUGUUUAUUUAAUAUUCAUUAGGAUCCUUCUGUUGGUGACAAAAAUCAACCGACAUUUCACCAAGUGGCCGUUCAAAGAAAGGUUUGCAGUAAUUUCUUUUAUAUCCUGAGCAUAAUCCAGUCCAGCGUCUAUGACAACCUGACUAAAUUACUUUAUAAUCGUUUUCAUUAAGGUCUUACCCUUCUGGCCCCAGUUGUUCGGAAGGUGGAUAGCGCUAUCCACAAAAUAAAUCUCUAUCCACUGAAUAGCGCAAUUAGUUUUCCAAAUAUUUAUCCACUGGAUAGUGAUUUAUCCAGUGGAUAGUGCUAUCCAACUUUUCAAAAACCGAGGCCAGGAAGUUUGCACGGUCCCCAUUUUUAUCUGAAGAGCUCGCUAUUUUGAUCACUUGUCUUCAAAAGAUAAUUACGGAUUGGCUGCAUCUUCAGCAAAAAGGGGGCCGGGUAAUUUCUUACAUAUUUCCCGCGGGGUAACUCGGAUAAAUAAGAUUUAGAACAAUUUUUACAUCUUCAAUGUCUAACGUCAACAGCAUCUUCUUUUUGAACAAGUUUUUUUCUCUGAACCAAGUUGAAGGAGUCAGUCUUUCAUUUUGAACUCGGCUUUGAAACGACUAGACGUAUAGCGUUUGGUUGUUUCCAAUAUUUAGUACCUCAGUACGAUAUAUUAUCUGUCUUUUGAAUGACUAAUUACAGAAUAAAAGGUAUAAACCGGGUUCCUUUUUUCACCGCAUACAGGCACAUUCUCAAGACGUUAAUGGCGUGAAAUGGCAUCCUAAAGAAUCAGGUCUCUUAGCUUCAUGUUCUGAUAAUGGUACAAUCAACAUGUGGAGAUUUAUACCACAGGAUUAA